AUGGCUCGCUUCUACACGGCUUCGAUCCUGAUUGCGGUGGAGGCACUGUGGGAUCGCAAUGUCGUGUAUCGAGACCUCAAGCCGGAGAAUGUGAUGCUCGACCAGGAGGGUUACGUCAAGAUCAUCGACUUUGGAGUCUCGAAGAAGCUUGGGGACAGAGAGAGCCGCACUUACACUGUGGUCGGCACCCCGCACUACAUGGCCCCGGAGGUUUUCCAGGGCAAGGGCUACGGAGUGGAGGUCGACCUCUGGUCCCUGGGCAUCAUGCUCUUCGAAUUUGUCUGUGGCUACUUGCCUUUUGCCUCGAGCCUCAACGAGCCGCGACAGGUGUGCUCUGCCAUUCUGCGGGGGAAGCUGAAGUUUCCGUCCGCGUACAAGGACGAGGUGGGCCGCGACCUCAUCAAGGGGCUGCUGACGCAGCCGGUGUUGAAGCGCCUCGGUGCCGGUGUCAACGGACUCCAG